AUCCUCCUCCUCCCAUACCCCCCCACCUCCAUCUUCUCUUUUCUCCUCCUCCUCCUCCUUCUUCUCCUCCUCGCCUAUGGCUGUAGAUCUGGUGGGCCUUCCACGGAAGAUGGAAGAACAGAUGGCUAUUCAAGAGGCUGCUUCGGCUGGAUUGAAGAGCAUGGAACACCUUGUUCGUCUUCUUAAUUCUUCCCAAUCUUCCGUUUCUGAUAAUAAUCCCCAGCGCCUUGACUGUACCCACCUCACCGACAUGACCGUUUCCAAGUUCAAGCAAGUCAUCAAUUUACUGAAUCGCACCGGCCACGCCCGCUUCCGUCGUGCUCCUUCCAAUAAUCCUAACCCCCGUUCCUCGUCUUCUUCGCCUUCUGCUGCUCCUGCUCUUCCUAAUCCGUCUCAGUCGAACCACCUCGCUCUGAAUUCGGCUCAGUCAUCUCACUCUCAGGGUUUGACCCUUGAUUUUGCCAAGCCCUGUAAGGUCAAGACGGCGCCGCUUAAACCUUCCACCGAGUUAUCCGGGUCUCGGUACUCUAAGGACACCUUUAGUAUCUCCCCUCCCAUGUCCACCACGAGCUCCUCCUUCAUGUCUUCUAUCACCGGAGACGGCAGCGUUUCCGAUGGGAAAAUAGGCCCCUCGCUAUUUCCUCCACCUGCUCCCGUCUCCGCUGGUAAACCUCCUCUCUCCUCGUCUCACCGUAAAAGGUGUCAUGAUUCCGCCUUUCAUGAGAAAACUUCCUCCUCCGGUCACUGUCAUUGCUCUAAGAGAAGAAAAUCGCGAGUCAAAAAGACAAUUCGUGUGCCGGCCAUAAGUUCGAAGAUCGCUGAUAUUCCGCCGGACGAGUAUUCUUGGAGAAAGUAUGGACAGAAACCGAUCAAGGGCUCACCUUACCCUCGGGGAUAUUAUAAGUGUAGCACCGUGAGAGGAUGUCCGGCGAGGAAGCAUGUGGAACGAGCUCAAGACGAUCCUAAAAUGCUUCUCGUAACAUAUGAAGGAGAGCACCGUCAUGCUCUGGAAGCGCGUGCGGCGGAGUGCGGUGGUGCAGGCAUCGGUCUUAGCCUUCAAGCCAGCUGAAAAACGGCACCGGUUCGAAGAAUGCGCCGCCCCACCGACAAGGCACGGGACGUUUGAGCGAAACCCUGGCGGAAAGAAGAAACGUUUUGCCUUGUAACUUGUGGACCAGAAGACGGAGUCGUCCUAGAGUCGAUAAGGUUUUUUUGGUUUUGUGUAAAUUUGACCAAAAACAGGAAGGAUGAAAAAUGGAAUACAAAUAUUAUAUCUUCUUUCUCUUU